CUUUUCUUCUAGUUUAUGACAGAAACAAUUAUAUUCACGCACGCAAAUAAAAAGGAUUUUCUUUUUGUUCUUUCUCCUUUCCAAGACUGAAUGAGGUAGAAACACCUGAAAAAUCGCCAUUUUUAUGGCAGCAAGAAAUUCAGCUCACUUUUAGUUCUUUCUUUCUUUCUUUAACUUCCCUAAAUUAAAAGUACAGAGUUUAGAGAAGCUGAACAGCAUAAAGAUCUUUUCUUUUUUCUUUUUUUUUUUGUUUUGAAAUUAAUAAACUUUACCCUUUAUAUCCCUUUUGCCCCUUUUUAUUUGCUAUCUUACGCCUCCCUCUGCUGCGCGCAUUAUAAGCCACCAUGCCAGGAGGAGCCCUUAAAAUCCCGACAAUUUCUUCCCUUUGCCACUCUUCUUCCCACAAUUUCCCCUCCAAAUUCCAUCGCCCCCGCCAAACCCUCUUCUCCGCCACGGCCGCCGCCGCUCCCACACGGAGGUUCUAUCACCCGUUCCGCGCCACCGUGGGGUGGUGGUGGCGGUGCAGGAUUGCUACUCCGCCCUCUUCGCACGCUGAUAAGAUCCCCCGAUUAUCCGCAUUGAUUCCUGAUCCUCCCAAUCCCGCCCCAUUCCUAGGGUUUGGUGGCCAGUUGGGUCAUAAAUCCCUGCAUCUUUCUUCGUCUCGACGCCAAAAACGCCGAGGAUUAUACUGUAAUUUCAAUCACAGCAGUGGCCUCGCCACUCAUAUGGGCCCCGCACCUACUUCCGACCAUGAUCAUCUCCGCCACCACGACGACGAUGACGGCAAGAAGCCACCCCCGCCUUCUCAUUCCGCCAAAUUGCUCACCCUGCCGACCAUGCUCACCAUCGGACGCGUCGCCGCCGUUCCCCUUAUUGUCUCCACCUUCUAUGUUGAUAGUUGGUGGGGACCUAAUGUAACCACAGGUAUAUUUAUAGCAGCAGCAGUUACAGAUUGGCUUGAUGGAUAUCUUGCUCGGAAGAUGAAACAAGGAACUGCAUUUGGUGCAUUUUUGGAUCCAGUGGCUGAUAAGCUUAUGGUUGCUGCCACAUUGGUCUUAUUAUGUACAAAGCCCUUGGAAGCUGGUAUAUUUGGACAGUCACCAUGGUUACUGACUGUACCUGCCAUUGCUAUCAUUGGAAGAGAGAUAACCAUGUCUGCAGUAAGGGAAUGGGCUGCUUCUCAGGAUGGCAAAAUCUCAGAGGCUGUUGCUGUAAACAAUCUGGGUAAGUGGAAAACAGCUACACAGAUGACUGCGUUAACUAUACUUCUAGCUGCAAGAGAUAGCAGUCUGGUGGGGUCAGGGACCGUCGUAGCUUCUGGUGCUGUAUUGCUCUAUAUAUCUGCCUGGCUUUCUGUCUGGUCACUGGUGGUAUAUAUGAGAAAGAUUUGGAAAUUUUUGAUGAUGUAGCGGUUUCCAGCCUUCUUCUUUCAACUCAUACCACUCAUAUUUGAGGUAUAGUGUAUUGGUGGUGGGGAUUUGAAAGGGAAGAUCGCCCCUUCGUUACAAGUGAGGGUUUACCCUAUGAAACGGAUAGAAGGGGGCAGUGUUGGUGGAAGGUUUGAUUCCUUUGACAAGCGAAGGAAGUCUUUCUGCAGAUACUCAUGUCAACCACUGAUUACUGACAAAUUUAUUGUUCUACAAAAGAUGGGAUUUGCAGUUUUCAUGCUGACCAAUUGUUUUACCUCCCCCUUCUGCUCCCCUGCCCUUGUCGAGUUUUCUCUUUUUCUAGAGGUUACAAGUAGUUGAUGCAUUGGCGAGAGCUAUCUAGGUAGUUUUACUGAAGUUAUUUUUCUUUAAAAAAAUCAUUCAUAGAGCAGGGAAAGAAUUGAUGGGUGCGGUGAUGAAACUUUUAACAGUACAACUUAUACAGGAAUCAUUAUCAUUUUGAAUUUCGGCUAAAGUUUUUUAUAGUGUCAUCUUGGCAAAUGGUAUUCAUUUUGAGCUUAGUUCGAGAUUUUUUCUUUGUUGGUAAAGUUAUGCGGUGGAUUGGAGGUUAUUGUUUUGAAAGCCGGUUAACCAACAACAAACAUCUAUGUAUUGAUGUAAACCUUUGGACGAGUGUAUGUUCCUCUUGAGGAGAUAAUGAAAGAAGAAAGGCUACUAAUAAAGUAACUAGUUAUUGUAUUGUAUUCGUUUCAAGAAAUUUAAAAAUUUUGAAUUAAUUUAUUUAUUUUUAAUCCUGGA